AUGAUUACUACCCCAGCUUUCCGUGACUUCUUAGCUGGUGUUACGGGGAAACCAGACGUGACCGUUCCUUCACACAAAACUUAUAACGACAUCCUGGAUACUCACUAUACUGCCUUUAAGAAAGACGUCUCCGAAAUACUAGCAAAAGAGUUCAAGGAGGUGUUUGAGACGCCAUUUCUGAAUGUAGAACACGAUCUCUGGACGAAUUCAGCUAAGAUCUGUAUUGUAGGAGCAUCCUGUGGGUUCAUUGACCACAAGUGGCAACCAAGACACCUAGCUUUGCUGGCACAAGUCAAAAACGAUGGCCACACUUCGGAAGAAGUUGCUGGUGUAUUGGACAAGGAACUGAAGGCGCGAAAUGGUCUCGACGUAAACAAAAUGGCCCGUUUUAUGCUUUCGGACACGGCAUCUACCGCUAGGAAGGUUUCGAAGCAGUUUGACUCGGCGUUGCAGACAGAUUGCACGAUGCACGUGCUCAAUCUUUGUAUCGGAUACGGAAUCGGCCUUAAAGAAAACGUACGCAAUGAGUACAUCCUGGAUCCAAAGACCAGCGAUUUUGUCAAGAAGCGGGUUGUAGUGACAAAAAAGGGUCGGUCAUCUGAGAGAAUAGCCCAUCUCAAGCAAGUCCAGAUGUUCCACAGACUACCCGAGCUAGCUACUUUGGUUGAUGCUGACGUUCGUGUGGCAUCCCCGGUCAAGCUAUUUCGCCGUUCGAUCAUUAACUACCCGGCAUUUCAAGCGUUCUUCCAGAACGCUUCAUCAAGUGAUGCAGCUGUCUUCAAUUGUAUAUCACAAUCCGAAUGGGAAUUGGCAGUUCAAUUGGAGGCGGUUGUCUGCCGUGUGGCAGAACUUGCUCUUGUGGAAUCUCAGUCGGCAACAAUGCGAUCGUCGACAAUGUAUGCGUUACUGCGUGUGGCUUCCACUCGAAUGAAUUCCUACAAGUUUUUGGCCUACAACCUAAACGGAACUCGCAGCGUCGAUACCAACGAAAAAAACUUCCCACGAGUUGAGUUGAAGCUCACGGAUCUGAGCGAGUUGGCCCAGCGAUGCAUUAAGCAAACAUUGCACCAGAUACGUGACAGAAUCGAAAAGCCAUCGACAACAGUGGCCAUGUCAUUGCUGCUAGACCCCCGGACGAGGCCGUCCGCCAAAAAACUUCCUGCGUGUUCCGGACUGUGCCGAUGGAGCUACCGAUAAUAUUCUGGAGAAUGCCAAAACGCUGAUGCGCGUUGAACAUCGAGUAUUCUACAAAGCUAUUCAUGCAGGCGCUUUACAACAAAAUGAAGGCGAAGCUACUCUUCCUGUGAGUUAGCGAAGGUGAUCACUCUCAACAGAAAGCACAAUGUUCGAGUUUGGAAUGUGGAAGAUCUGUGUGGGAAAGUCGACAUCUGCCGCUGGUUUGCUGAGGUAGGCGAAGUCAAGUUUCCGUCGAUCGCAAAACUUGCACGGGUAUGGCUGGGACGAGGUAUCUCGACAGCUUUUCAAGAGCGUGUAUUCUCCACAGGUUCCUUUGUAAUGAGCAAGUUGCGAACGAGGACGAACAAUGAGAGGGCCCAGCAGCAAUUAUUGCUGCGUCACAAUCGACAGGAGAUUCGACGCAUUGAAGAGAGCAAGUGGCGAGUUUGGUAGGCGUCGUUCAUGUGUUUUUCUGUUUACGACUGCCUGGACGAGGUGCAAAGCAGUUGAAGUUAUGUGUGAUUACCAUCGCCAACGAUUAUCAGCGUUAGCGACGGAUCGUUCGUAGUGGGAGAGAAUAUUACCAGUAUUAGUAAUAUAUUACUACUAUAGUAACCUCAAAAUCCUAAAACUAA